AAACAAAAUUCAUCAAAAAAUCGUGAAACUCAAAAACUAACUAAACAAAAUUCAUCAAUAUCGACAAAUACAGAACUAUUACAAACAAAUUCAAAUCAAACUAUCAAUGUAAAUCAAAAUGAUACCGAUAGUCAAUCUGUACGAUCAUCUGAAUUGAAUAAUAAUAAUAAUAAUGAUAAAUCAGCAAGAGAUGAAUUAAAAGUACCACGACGUCAUCAAUCAUUUAAUCGUAAGUUUGAACAAUAUAGAAAAUAUUUAAAAUACAAUUUUUUAAAUUUUUUAAUGAAAUUUUCAAAAUUUUCAUUAACAGUCUUCAGUGAAAUACAUUUUGAACUAUGCCGAAUGUAUUUAAUCCAUAAAAAUGUUUUCUUUUCUUCCUAAGAACAUAACAGAAACUCAUAAUUUAAAAUACGAAGUUCUAUUAACAAUUUUAUAAGUAGAUAAAACUGAUAUUAAAACAUACAUAUUUUUUUUUUAAUGAAACCAUACUUGUUUUGUGAAAUAUGACCUACAAGGAAUGUUGAAAUAUCGAGCUAGAAACUUGAUCUCCUCGCAGACUAUAACAGAUAUCGUUGGGAACCGCUCAUUACAGACUGUGACAGACAUCUUAGCAAUACUGUCUCUCGCCGUGUCACCGACUGUGACAGACAUUGUUGAUAUACGAUCAAAGACCGUAUGUCAAUAGCAUCUUGUUCAAAUAUAUAAAUUACUUCCUUAUUGCAUUUCUGAAGAAUUAAAUAAAAGAAUAAUGAGGGAUUGUCGUCUAAAAUACAUAAAAUACAACACCUUCCGUCUGAUUAACAACAGCAGUUACAUUGCCUUUCACAUUUUGAAUCUACAGGAAUUGCGCAAACAGUUCUUUUUAUUAUUUGAUGAAACUCCAUUUAGAACACAUAUGUCUUUGUAAAAAAUUAAAUAAAAUGUCUAGUUUGUCCGAUUUAUUUUUCAUAGUGUUGGAUAUUUCAAACUCUAACACUUCUGCUAUAUUUAAUCUAUACUGGAAGUUUUAGCUAUACAAGAGCAGAGAAAAUAGAUUUCACCUGUUUUAAAAAAUAGAUUUUUGAGAAAGCUUCAGAUUUUCCUCUUAGGAAAAUAAGAUCAUUGACUUUAUAUACAGAGGUUAUCAAAAUUAUAGACCCCACUCAUAUGAACAUGCAAAAAUAUUUAUUUUAUUUCAAAAAUGAAUGAUAUCAAUCUGUUAUUUGCGCGUCUAUGUAAGACUACUUAAGUACUAUCUGAUAUCCUAAACUCCCUCUUUCAUGUCUUGCUCUUUGAAGAAAAAAUUGAAGAAAACUGAAAAAUAUCUGUACCAUAAUUAUAGAC